GAUUAAUUAAUUAAUAAGGCAAGGUGCCUGCGUGGAAAAUAAAUAAGCUUUUUAAUAUUUUAACGCUUUGUUUGUGAGGAAACUCAAUCCAACAAUGGCGGCAUCCCAGCCCGUGCGCAUGAAUUGGCAUCCCAAUAUGAAACAUAACGAAGUGGAGCGAUGGAUUUGCAUAUAUCCUGCCUAUAUUAACAGCAAAAAAACCCGCCAGGAGGGUCGCCGCCUGCCCCAAGAGAACUGCGUCGACAAUCCAACGUAUGUGGAGAUUCGCGAUGUGCUCUCCGUGUCCAAUAUGCAUUUUGUUGUGGAAAACAAACAGUACUGCCGCGAGAAGAGUAGGGAACUCCAGUUCCGAGGACGUGUUCGUGUCCAGCUACGCAACGCGGAUGGAACACUGUGCAGCAGCGAGUUCCCCACGCGCGAGUCAAUCAUGCAGCAUGUGGCCAGCAAAAUACCGCAGCUGAAAACGCGACAGAACAAACCGAAUGAGCUGCAGCCACAACCACAAACGAGUGGAGCUGCCGCCUCUGGUGGUGCCGGUGGCGGUGGCGGAGGCAAAAAGGGCAAGGGAAAGCGCCGCUGAAUCGAAAACAAAAUUUCUUUAUGACAGUUGUUUAGUUGGUUUUUUGUAAUAAAUUCUAUAACAAAGUAUUUCAUGUGUGUAGAAAGUUCAAGUGCAAGAAUUCGACCUUGGUCGAUUAAAUUUAAGAAAUUAGUACGCAUGUCUAAGCUGACCCUAAAAUGGAAGCAGCUUAAAUACUUGUAUUAAUAAACAAUUGUGCAUAUGUGCUCAA